UAAAUAAAAAAGCCACUGUACUGUGAUAUCAUUCGCAACGGAGUUGAGGCUAGAAGCACAUAACGUUGUUUUAAAACCCAGUCCGGAAAACAGGAAACAUGUCGAUGACAUUUUUUACCCUAGCGUUUGGUGUGCUCGCCAUCGCUUCAGGGACAUUUGCCCUGACUUGCUACUACUGCGUAUUGGGCAACGCCGUCUGCGGGGAACCGUUUGACGCGUUUGCAAAGGGUGUAUAUAUCAUUUCUAAUUGCACCAGUUGCUCGAAGAUUACAAUUGGUAGCAUCGUUUCCAGAGGUUGCGGGACCGCAUUUAACGGCUGCAAAGAUGAUGUCUCGGGACAAAGCACGUGUAACUGCUUCACGAACCUCUGCAAUGGCAGCAGCCACAUAACCGUUACCAUCGGAACUGUGCUGCUCGGCCAUGUGAUCAUGAUUUUAAAGAACCUGUUUUAAUUUCUAAAUAACCAGAUGAUCUCACUGUAUAUGCUCUUUUCUUACAAAAAUAUUUCAAGACAUUUUGACCUGAUUUCUACUCAGACAUAUCUAUGACAUAAAAUUAAACUUCCCUUUAACAAAAAUUGUUGACAACUAUCCAUAAAACAUGCAAUGAAAGAGUAUUGACUUACCUUUGUUUUAAAAAGGUCGCUUUACAUUUAAACCAAGAGGCUACUACCUUGUUUACUACCUUAUGUUGAACAUUUGCAGCUACUACAAAUAAUUUCGUUUAAACCUAUGUAUUUUAUAUCGAUUGAAGUUGAAGUUGAGCUUACUGGUUCAUGUUUUGAUUCCUUUCAUUUGUUUUGUUUUGUUUUUAUUGUGUUGCCUCUUUCCUUUUUUAUUUGUCUGAGAAAUUUGCAUCUUGAUUUCUUUCAUUUGCUUUAUAAGGUUUUCAUUAUGAUGCCUUUUUUUGCUUUUGCUUUGUUUGAGCUUAACUGUAUGUAUAUAUAAUACUGGUGAUACUUCAACAGUUUUUUGUCGUACAUUUCAUUUGAUAUCCUGUUGUAGUGCUUUCUGAAUUGUACAUCUUUCUUGAUUAGACUAUGUGUGUGAUGUGGAUUAAUCAAUGCUUCUUUGCUCAUCAUUCGCCUUUUGAAGCUCUGAAACAGUGCUAGUUACACAUGCGGGAUAAUCAUUUCAGCAUUAGUAUUGUAUUAUUUUGCUUUUAGAAUGAUAUUGUAUUUUUCAUUCAUUAGUGUUGUAUUUUGUUGCUUUUAUUAUGUGAAAUUUGCUGAUCGGUUCCCUUCAAAUCUGAUUUGAGGUGAUAAUUUCCUUUAAGCCCUUUUUAUUUUGUGGCACUUUUGUGUUCCAUUUUCUCUGUCAGCAUUUUUACACCUUUUCUUUCCUUUUAGGCCCCUUCCUUGGGUCAAGAUCAGCAAUCUUUCACACAGCUCUUUAAUUUUGAAUGUAUAGUACUGAUAUUACAUUUCUGCUUCUAUUUUAAUAAUGUGCUAUAGGAAUACUGCUUUAAUUAUGCUUUUUGUGUGUUUUAUUAUAAUAACUAUUUCUCAUGUAUGACAUGUAUUAAUUAUGUGUUGCAAUUUGCUACUGUUUGUUAGGUCGGUCAAAAGCUAUACAUAGCUUAUGUUAUACACAUGUUAUUUCAUACCGACAAUAAAUAAAUUUCUAUUUGAUUUGGUUUGAUUGUGUGUGCACUGUUUAUCCCCAGAUUUGUGUUAUAGAGAUAACUUAGACAAAAUAACAACAACAUGUCUCUUUUUUGAUGUUCUGAAAGCAUUAAAAAUACUAUAAAAAUGGUAAAAUGAGAACUAGUUAAUAUAAAAUAAAAUUUGCAAUCACCAUGGUAACCAAUGAAUAUUGUUUGAAUAUCGAGUACCUAACACACUAAGAAUAUAUUUUCAUGUUGGAAG